UGUACAAUCUCUUCGAGAUGGAAUGCCACCAACUUGACGUUGAAAUCCUCCAGCAGAGAGCAAUCUCCAGGUUGCUUGAUGAUGACGAUGCCAGAUUGGUCACUGACUUUGACAAGAAAGUCGCAAGCGAAUUGUCUAGGAAGAGGAAAUUGGAGAAAAAUCUGAAGGAAAAGCGCAGCCACUUGGAAAACCUUAAAGAAAAAGUUCCCCUCCGUCUUCUGGAUAAUCUUGACAACUAUACUGGCAAUGAAUUGGUCAACAGGGUCAACAUUCUCAGAGCAGACAUUGCUGAAACAGAGCACAGUGAUGAGAAGGCUGAAUUUGAGUUUGCUACCGGUCCAAUCGCCAGCAGUCUUAACGAUCUGCUGAAAAAACACAAAGUCUGCAGGCAGGCGUACCAUGGCAAGUUUUUUGUGGGGAACCACGUCAAUACGUGUUUUCAGAAACCAGUCAUCGAAGACCCGACUUCUGAACCUCGACGGAUAGUUAAUGGACUUCCUCUUGAUACACUGACGAUUGCAGCAUCUGAGCAAAUAACAAGAAAGGCAGCUGAAAUAGGCCAAUGAUUUCGUGACGUGUUUCUGAGGAGCUUUGCCGAUGUUCACUCUGCCAUCAAUCAUUUCAAUCCUAUGUCCAAC